CGCAUCCCCUGGAGCCACCGCGUCGCCUUGGCUCUCUACGCCGCCAUCUUCCUCCUCGGCAUCCCCGGCAACGCGGCGGUGAUUUGGCUGAGCUCCGCGGCACAACACCGCGCCGUCCCCGCCGUCUGGUUCCUCCACCUCGCCGUAGCCGACCUCCUUUGCUGCGCCGCUUUGCCUUUCCUCGCCAUCCCGGUAGCCGGCGACCACCGGUGGCCGUUGGGCGAUUUUGGUUGUAAACUCUUCCCGGCGUUGGCGGUGCUCAACAUGUAUUCCAGCGUCCUCCUUUUGGGUGCCAUCAGCGCCGAUCGUUGCCUAACGGUCACCAGGCCGGCUUGGUGCCACAACCACCGCACGCCGCGCGCCGCUCACCGCCUCUGCAUCGCCGUCUGGUUGGCGGCCGCCAUCCUCACCGUGCCAACCUUCCUCUUCCGCUCCUCCCGCCGCGACCCCUUCGCCGACGCCGAGAUGUGCGUGGUUGAUUACGGCCAACGCCGGCGCAUCACCGAACCCAUCACCGUCGGCCUCCGUUUCGUGGCCGGAUUCCUCCUCCCGUUCUCCGCCAUCGCCACGUGCCACGCGUCGCUCUUGGCUCGACUCCGCGCCCGGCGUUUCGCCAACACCCGCCGCGCCGCCGGCACCGUCGUGGCGGUGGUGGUGACUUUUUUCAUCUGCUGGUUGCCGUAUCACCUGGUGGGUUUGAUCCUCGCCGUGGCCGAACCCAGAUCCGACGUUUACCGCGGCGCCGCGGCGGCGGAUCCGGUGCUCACCGGCUUGGCCUACGCCAACAGCUGCGCCAAUCCGCUCAUCUACGCCGCGGCGGCGGCGGUGGGGAGGAGGAGGGGGCGCUGGGGGGGUGGGGAGGGGGCUGGUGGGGGGCGGUGGUGGUGGUGGUGCGCCGCGCUGCGCCGCGUGCUGAGCGAGGAUCACAACGGCGGAGCCGCCGGGAGUCGAUCCGCCACCAACGGAACCACGGUGGAAACCGAGGUGUGAGGGGGGUCGGCGUCUUUUUGGGGUCACCAAUUUUGGGGUCAUUGCCUCCUUGGGGUCGGCAUCUUUGGGGUCACCAUCUUUGGGAUUGGCGCUUUGGGGUCAUUGUCUUUGGGGUCACCAAUUUUGGGGUCAUUGUCUCCUUAGGGUCGGCGUCUUUGGGGUCAGCGUCUUUUUGGGGUCAUUGUCUUUGGGGUCAGCGUAUUUUUGGGGUCUUUGUCUUUGGGGUCACCAUCUUUGGGGUCAUCGUCUCCUGGGGGUCACCAUCUUUGGGGUCGGCAUCUUUGGGGUCGGCGUCUUUUUGGGGUCAUUGCCUUUGGGGUCACCAAUUUUGGGGUCAUUGCCUCCUUGGGGUCGGCGUCUUUGGGGUCACCAUCUUUGGGGUUGGCACCUUGGGGUCGGCAUCUUUGGGGUCACCAACUUUGGGGUGAUUGCCUCCUUGGGGUCGGCGUCUUUGGGGUCGGCGUCUUUUUGGGGUCACCGUCUUUGGGGUCAUCAU